AUGGCGAUCACCGCCCAGGUCCCCGACAUCAUGGGCGAGCGCCAGUCCGGCCAGGACGUCCGCACCCAGAACGUGUCGGCGUGCCAGGCGGUGGCGAACAUCGUCAAGUCGUCGCUCGGCCCCGUCGGGCUCGACAAGAUGCUGGUGGACGAUAUCGGUGAUGUGACGAUCACGAACGACGGGGCCACCAUUUUGAGGAUGCUGGAGGUCGAGCAUCCGGCAGCGAAGGUUCUUGUGGAGCUGGCCGAGCUCCAGGACCGGGAGGUUGGAGAUGGAACUACCUCGGUCGUCAUCAUUGCUGCAGAGUUGCUCAAGAGAGCCAAUGAACUUGUGAGGAAUAAGAUUCACCCGACCUCUAUUAUUAGUGGCUACAGGCUUGCUAUGCGCGAAGCUUGCAAGUAUGUUGAGGAAAAGCUGUCUUUCAAGGUGGAUAGACUUGGAAAAGACUCCCUUAUUAACUGUGCUAAAACUAGCAUGUCCUCGAAACUGAUUACCACGGACGGUAAUUUCUUUGCAAAUCUGGUUGUAGAAGCAGUUCAAGCUGUGAAGACCACAAACUCCAAGGGAGAAGUGAAGUAUCCAAUCAAGAGUAUUAAUAUUUUGAAAGCUCAUGGUAAAAGUGCCAAGGAAAGUUACCUGCUGAAUGGUUAUGCGCUGAACACUGGCCGUGCAGCUCAAGGAAUGCCUACCAGAGUAACCCCUGCUAGAAUUGCUUGUCUUGAUUUCAACCUUCAGAAGACGAAAAUGCAAAUGGGUGUUCAAGUCCUUGUAUCCGAUCCAAGGGAACUUGAGAAGAUCCGCGAGAGAGAAUCUGACAUAACAAAGGAGCGGAUUCAGAAAGUUCUCAAGGCUGGUGCUAAUGUUGUAUUUACCACCAAGGGAAUUGAUGAUAUGUCAUUGAAGUACUUUGUUGAGGCUGGAGCAAUUGCAGUAAGACGUGUGCGCAAGGAGGACUUGCGCCAUGUUGCCAAGGCUACAGGUGCAACAAUGGUGACUACUUUUGCGGACAUGGAGGGUGAAGAAACAUUUGAUCCAUCAUUCCUUGGACAUGCCAGUGAGGUUGUUGAGGAAAGGAUUUCUGAUGAUGAAAUAAUUCUGGUGAAAGGCACAAAGAAUACAAGUGCGGUCUCCAUUAUACUUAGAGGAGCAAAUGACUUCAUGCUAGAUGAGAUUGAACGGUCUUUGCAUGAUGCACUGUGCAUUGUGAAGAGAACUUUGGAAUCCAAUACGGUAGUUGCUGGGGGUGGUGCUGUAGAAGCUGCAUUAUCUGUGUACCUGGAGAAUCUUGCUACAACUCUUGGAUCCAGGGAACAGCUGGCGAUUGCUGAAUUUGCAGAAGCUUUGUUGAUCAUACCGAAGGUCCUCGCUGUUAAUGCCGCAAAAGAUGCAACUGACCUUGUUGCACAACUUAGGGCAUAUCAUAAUAAAGCUCAAACCAAUGCUGAUAAGCAGCAUUUAUCAAGCAUGGGUCUUGACCUGACGAAAGGUGUAAUCCGCAACAACCUUGAACAUGGCGUGAUCGAGCCAGCAAUGAGCAAAGUGAAGAUCAUUCAGUUUGCCACAGAAGCAGCCAUUACCAUUGUGAGGAUCGACGACAUGAUAAAGCUCGACAAGGAAGAGUCUGGCCAAGAAGAGUAG